AUGUCGGGUUUUCCCUCAGUUGAGCGCAUCGAGGAGAAACUAAGCGACAGUAGGGCCGCAAGCCCUGGCCUCGAUGAGCAGUUUGGCCUGACGAUUUGUCCUGGGCACGCAUCGAGUGACUACAGCGAUGAUGGGCAAGUGGAUUCGAGGGAGACCAACUGUGAGCAACCAAUGAAGUCCAGCAUGGUGACUGCUCGGACGAGCCCGGUUGAGGAGCAG